GCGCACCGACGUCCAUUGACAAGAGAAAAGCAAGUCAAACACAGGAAGGACCCUCACCAGCAUGGAUUGCGCGUGCACGUCAACGUAAUGCCCGCCUGCCGUGCAAAAUGUUCAGCCCCGGCUGGUGUAAGACGGAGAGCGGCGUCGCCGGCGGCCCCGCGACUUCCCGGUACUUUGAUCCUUCUCCUAGCGUCGCUGCUCCUGGCAGCAACUUGUGUGUCCGCCUCGUCGAAGCACGCCGAUCCAUCCUUUCUCUCCUCCACCGUUGGCGGCGGUGGAGGGGCGUACACGCUCUUCCCCAUCACGGGGUGCGGCGAGUGCACCGUGAACCUGUCCCAGCGGUGGUGCCCUUCCACCAUGCGGUGCUACCCGGCUGGCAACUGCACCUGCGACGGACCGACGCCGUGCAUUGACCUGCGCACGUGCUUCUACGGCAGCCGCCCAAGCUGCCGGGAGUGCGUGGACAGCGGCGGUGUGUACUGCGCUGGCGGAGUUUCCGCGUUCACCCCGCACGGUAAGGUCGGUGCGCAGGAGGUCCGCUGUUAUCCUCCGGAGAGUCUUCCCUCCCCGUUGUCUAUCACCCCGGACGAGUUGAAGCGUCAGCCACCGCUUGCAGUGCGUGAUGCGAGCCUUCACACGUCGCUUCCUACGUGUGGGGCCUCCACCUGUCGGGGCGGUGAAUGUGCCCAUGUAGCAGCGGAUUGCCCGGCUGUGGUGUCCGACCCGCUGACUCGGAGUUACGAAGUCAUCUGCGUGGUCGCGGUGCUUUUCCUUUCUGGUCUUGUUAUGCGCAACAUUUGUCGACUCCUGAUUUGA